UAUCAUUCAAAUACUUUAGAUCCUCACAAUAUAUCUGGAUGCCGCAAUGACCUAUUCGAUGACUUGUGUUAUAUAUCUGGGCGAGGAAUCGAAGACGAUUUUGAAGACAGUUUUGUCAUCAACCAACGGCGUUACAAGGAGCGUGCGGCCGCUGCGUUUAACGAAGAUCUGGCGGAAUUGAGGCGUAAACGAAGAGACAUGCAGGAUCGUAUUUUCGACGUUAUUGACUUGAAUGCAGAAAUCGAAAAAGCUAGAAAUACUCUCGAACAAGCGGAUAUUGCUUUUGCACAACAUGCAACAAAAUUCGAUAACACAGAUAGCUGCGAUGACACCAGAUUAAAAAAAUUCCCUAAUAUGGAAAUUUUGUCAGAAAAACCACAGCCAAAAACCAUAAAAUUUAUAAAAGUUCCUAAUAUUGAUAUAGAAUCGUGUAUGCCACAACCUACAAAAUCAAGAAGAGACAAAAUCAACUCAAUAAUGGAACCAAAUGAAAUUGUCAAUCCAUUAAAUACCAUUGCAUUGUUACCGUUAAAAAGGAAAUUCUCGAAUAAAAAGAAAAGUGUUACAUUUUAAAAAAUUCAGUGAAUAUUUUAAAUUACUAUUGUGUUAUAUAAAAUGUACCGAUAUUAUUUAAUAUUAAUAUUUAAAUAAAACAUAUAUAUAUAAACCACACGAAAAUUUUGUUUUCAUAAACAUUUGUAGUUUUAAUAAACAUCAUGAAGUAUACCACAUGUAACCGAGAAGAAAAUGGUUGAAAAACAUAACUAUGAAAUAACAUUUUUUCAUUAGGAGAUCAUAAUGAAUGAGAAUGCGAAAGUCCUUUGACAAACAGUGGUCUGAAUAUGAUAAAUUUUCGAAAAAUUUUUAAGAACGAAUUUCUUAGG